AUGAAAAACUAGCCAUAUAAAGCUACUUGGGACCUGUGUUCAAGGCAUGACCAUGUGGUCCUCUGCUAAACUGCAAAAAAAUAAAAUAAAAUAAAAAUAUCUAUAUGAGGAUAACAAAGCUAUAGAUUUUGCAUCACAACCAUGGCUUCAACAUCAAAGGUAAUGUUCAUCUUCAUCUUCUCCAUCUUCACUAUUACAAUUUCUCCCAUCUCAAGCUCCAUCAAUCAGCACCCACUAGACCCUUUAAGUCCAAAGGAGCUAACCCUGGUCCAAGCAAUUGUCAGGAACUCAUUAUCUGCCACAAACACCAGCUUAGUUACCUUCCAUUAUGUAGGGUUCGAUGAACCAGAAAAACCACUUAUUCUUUCUUGGCUAUCAAAUCCCGAAACCAAACCCCCACCUCGACGAGCCCUAGCCAUUACUCGUUACAAUAAACAAACCCAUGAAUUUAUAGUUGACUUAUCAACAAGUUCCAUCGUAGGUACUCAAGUCUAUAAUGACUAUGGCUACCCUACACUUGCUGCUGAUGAACAAGUAGCAGCAAAUGAAUUGCCACUAACAUAUGGCCCUUUUAUUGAAUCAGUUAAAUCGAGAGGCCUUAAUUUAUCUGCUGUUGUUUGUUCGACAUUUACAGUAGGUUGGUUUGGAAAAGAUGUGAAUAGAAGAGUGGUAAAAGUUCAGUGUUUUCAUAUGAAUGACACAAUUAAUUUAUACCUUCUUCCAAUAGAAGGGAUAAAAAUAGUCGUUGAUCUUGAUGAAAUGAAGAUUGUUGAAUAUAAUGAUAAUGAAAAGGUUCCAGUUCCAAAUUCUGAAGGGACUGAUUAUAGAUUAUCGAAGCAGAAGCCGCCUUUAGGUCCUCGUAUCAAUCGUGCAGCUAUCUUACAACCUGAUGGACCAGGAUUCCAGAUUGAUGGCCAUACUAUCAAAUGGCUCAACUGGGUUUUUCAUAUAGCAUUUGAUGCGCGAGUUGGUCCAGUAAUAUCACUAGCAUCCAUUUACGAUCAAGAAAAGCACAAGCAUCGCAGUGUAUUGUACAGAGGGCAUAUAUCCGAGCUCUUUGUUCCAUACCAGGAUCCCACACAGGAUUAUUACUUCAAAACAUUUUUUGAUUGUGGAGAAUUUGGUUUUGGUCUAUCAGCAGUUUCAUUAGCGCCUCUAGCCGAUUGCCCAAAUAAUGCAGUGUAUAUGGAUGGGUAUCACGCUGGACAAGAUGGUACACCUGUUCAAGUACCAAACUUAUUUUGCAUAUUUGAAAGGCAUGCAGGUGAUAUUAUGUGGAGACACACUGAACUAGGCAUUCCUGAUGAAACGAUAACUGAGGCAAGGCCAGAAGUGAGCCUGGUAGUGAGGAUGGUUGCUACAAUCGGUAAUUAUGAUCAUGUUCUGGAUUGGGAAUUCAAGCCAAGUGGUUCUAUCAAUAUCCAGGUUGGUUUGAGUGGAAUUCUAGAGGUGAGGGCAACAAAAUAUACUUAUUCAGAUGAGAUAAAUGAGGAAGUUUAUGGAACACUGUUAGCAAAUAAUACAAUCGGCUUGUACCAUGAUCAUUUUCUGAUGUAUCGUCUUGAUCUUGACAUUGAUGGUGUUGAUAAUUCGUUGGUUAAGCAGAAAUUAGUAACUAAAACAGUGACUAAUAAGACCACACCAAGAAAGAGUUACUGGACAGUUGUAAGUGAAACAGCCAAGACUGAAUCAGAUGCCAAAAUUAAAUUAGGGCAAGCACCUGCUGAACUGGUGGUUGUGAAUCCAAAUAAGAAAACAAAACUUGGAAACAGCCAUGGUUAUCGUUUGAUAACAAGGUCAGAGGUCCAUCCACUUCUGCUGGAGGACGAUUAUCCACAAAUCCGCGGAGCAUUCACUAAAUAUAAUGUGUGGAUUACCCCAUAUAACAAGUCAGAAAUAUGGGCAGGUGGACGGUAUGUCGAUCAAAGCCAUGGCCAAGAUACAUUAGAUGUUUGGAGCCUCAGGAAUAGGGAUAUUGAUAACAAGGACAUAGUGCUGUGGCAUGUAAUAGGGAUUCAUCACGUCCCAUGCCAAGAGGACUUCCCUAUGAUGCCGACAUUGACUACUGGAUUCGAGCUUCGGCCAACUAAUUUCUUUGAAUUCAGUCGUGUUUUGAAGGUGAUACCUCCUAAGCCUGUAUAAACUUCACCGCCAGCUCCUAGUCUACUCUGAAUUUAUAAGAAAGAUUUUCAGGAAGAGUAAUUUGGAACGAGAACACUUCUCACAUUUUAAAUUUUGGAGUUAGAAUAAAUUAGUACGUCUAGUUAAUUUGUUUUCAAUUUUAUUUUUCAUAUUUGAGAAAUUCAUUUAUAAAUAAGGAAAAAUAUUUUGAAUGGUA